UCGACAGAGGACGGGAGGGAGAGAGAAAUGUAUAGAAAUGUAGGUAGAAACAGGAAGAAAGAAAAUUAAUGAUAGCAAAGGUAGAGAUAGAGAAAAUUAGCGACUUAUACAAGGAGAGACUGAAAGACAGAGAUGUAAAGAGAUGGUGAAGUGUCCAUCUUGAGGAGAAUAAUUGUCUGAAACACCUGACACUACUGCCACCAGCGCCCUACACUGACAUCUGGUCUGGUGAAACACUGGCAUCUGGUCUGGUGAAACACUGGCAUCUGGUGUGGUGGAACACUGGCAUCUCUUCUGGUGAAACACUGGCAUCUCUUCUGGUGAAACACAGAUAUGGUCUGGUGAAACACUGGCAUCUGAUCUGGUGAAACACUGGCAUCUGGUCUGGUGAAACACUGGCAUCUGGUCUGGUGAAACACUGGCAUCGGGUCUGGUGAAACACUGGCAUCUCUUCUGGUUAAACAUUGGCAUCUCUUCUGGUGAAACACAGGAAUAUGGUCUGGUGAAACACUGGCAUCUCGUCUAGUGAAACACUGAUAUUUGGUCUGGUGAAAUAAACAUCUGGUCUAGUGAAACAGAGGUAGUGAUAAAAAAAAACCUGUUUAAGUGAUACCUGUAGUAGCAGUACUACGACCACCAUCAUUACCUCUACCACCAUUACUGUCACCACUACCACCAUUUCCACCACCACCAUUACUGUCACCAUCCAAAACAUAAGCGACAGUGACAGGUGUCACCAACACCAGCAAGAAAUCCAGCACCAAUAAUAACACCACUACUACCAAAGCUUGCCAGAAGCGACGUCUUCAGCACCACCAACACUGUUCAUCGUCACCACCAUAGACGGAGGUCUCUUGCAGCACCACUAGCACCAUCGCUCCAGCAACAGAGGUGCCACCACCACACACAGCGCUGGCCUGAGGCAUUCUAAUCAUGCACCUGGAAACAGCAACGUUAGCAACACUGCUCAUCCUGCUGGGCGUCAACGCCGGCGUUGCUACGUCUGACCCAGGUAGCCCAGGUCGCAGCAGGAACAAGAAGGAAGGGAGCUCCUGGUCCCCGCCAGAAUUCGACGAGACACUGGCGAACAACGUCACAGUUAUAGAAGGAGAGACUGCAUCUCUUCCCUGCGUUGUCACCAAGCUGAGGGGACGCUCGGUGUCGUGGAUGAGGCAGCGGGAUCUACACGUCAUCUCCGCCAAUCAGCUCAUCUUCACCUCCGACGACAGGUUCAAGGUGAGGAUGGACAACGAAACCUCUUCCUUCACAUUGGAGGUGGGUGCAGCUCUAACUAACGACUCCGGUGUCUACGAGUGUCAGAUCAACACCAGACCCAAGCUUUCUCGCCCAGUCACCCUCACUGUACAGGCGGCCGGAGCGAACAUCAUGGGGCCCUCAGAGCUCUACAUCAAGACAGGCUCCACUCUAGUGCUCACCUGCACCGCAACCCUCCACCCACACGCCCACACCAAGGUGGAGUGGGAGCACAACAGCACCAGACUGAGCAUCGCGGGUCCUCGGGGUGGUGUCAGUAUCCACACAGAGGCGGGCGGGCGGGUGGUGACUUCCAGAGUGUCGGUGGUGCGGGCGGCGCCGCCCGACGCCGGUAACUACACGUGCCGCCCCCACGCUGCCCUCCCCGCCACCACAACUGUCUUCAUCGUAGACGAACAGUUCCCGGCAGCAAUGCAUCACGAGAGUGGAUCAGGAACCCUUCAGUCAGUCAGUGUGACCGUCCUCCUCAGCCUCUUCCUUCUCGCCACCAGAUGAUGUGUCUACCAAACAGAAUUUCACGUUUUGUACUCCCUGCAUUUUGUAUGGGCUACUGUGAAAAACCUUGUUGUAUACUUUGUAUUUCCGCACGGAUAUAAAAGUAAUAAAUGCUACAUGUAAGAGACGUAUAUGUAUAUUAUAUAUACUGUCAAAUGUAUUUGUGUAUUAA